AUGAUGAUGGAUUUCCAGAAACACCCUCCCCAUCCAAUAUAUCAUGCGCAUCCUUCGACGAUCUUAGGCGCGUCCCACGAUCCUCGCCUCGUUGCUCCGCCGCCACCUCGUGCCUACGCACCACCACCGCCUCCAUCAGCACGCGUGUAUUACGAUGCCUAUAACCGACGCGAACACGAGAUGCCUCGCGCGGUGCCGGUAUAUCACCAUCCAGUGACUACUGCCCCAUCGAUCCCUGCUUCCUCCGCCUCAUAUGCCCACGAGAGUGUCUCGGCGCCGUAUCGAACAGAGAGCAACGGGUAUCUCGUAUCACAGGCGAACCCUGGUUCGAUGAGGAAGCACACGCUGGACGGAGGAUUAAAAGAGUCUAAUAAUCGUCAUAAUUAUAGUUAUAAUGUUAAUCAGCCCAGCAACCAUGACCGUCGUAUGGUAUAUCGUGAAGGACCCCAAGAACAGCCCUCCGCACCUCCCUUAGGCACUCGUCGGAUGCCUCCUCCGUCUCCACCACAACAUUACCCCUCACGGGGCCAAUCCGGAAAUGCUUCUUCUCUUUCCACAGCUUUUUCGUCCCGUGAGCCUCCCAGCAACCCGGCUCAUCAUCGUCCUGGUAGCAGCAUGUCGAUAUCGGCAAUGCUUGGCUCGGACGCUGACCGUCCAGCCCGGGAUGUAGGCUCAUCAUCUAUCUUUUCGCGUAUUCCAGUGUCAUCCGCACCGUUCAGCAGCGCACCUCCUCCGUCGGCUUCCAGUGCAAUGUCGCCGCCUACCGUCCCAGCGAGACCCUCUCCGCUUGAGUACCCAUCCUUCCGGCGAUCGCACACGCCGGAGAAGUCGUUUUCGAAGGCCCAACUGGGGAGGCCAUACCGGUCUAGCUCGGGUGGAAUGUCUCAGCCGUCCGUGGCGGAACAAACCAAAUUCGGAAGCCUGUCGCGCGUCCCGCCCUCGUCGCAGUAUCCAGAUAAGCCCAGUUCCGCGCAUCAUUCGCCCCAAGUGUCGUCCGCCGAGCCUCCAUACAACGAGACGCGUCGAUUCAGCUUCAGCGCACCCGCUCCUCGACCGAACAGCCAGCCCCAGCACCUCGAGGCGCCUCAGCGGCCGGCGGGGUAUAGUCCACUGGCACGAUCGGCGGCUGCACCGGAGGGCUUUGGAGGAGCGCACCAGCGGCAAGCGUCCUACAUGGGCCAGGAGUCUCAACACGGCCGGUUUGGGGGGAUAUACGUGGAUCGGCACAUGGAAGAACAGGCGCACCGAGAACGAGAGAGAGCCAUUGCACACGAGCAAGAGUCCAAGGCGACACACUCUCAAUCACGGUAUGGUCCGUACGGCGAACGGGACCCGGCAGCCUCCCGGCCGCAGACUGCAGCGACGUGGGAGCUUGGUCGCUCGCAGCCACCAUCACCCGAAGCUAAGCGUUUCCCCGCCCCUGAGCCCGGCUCCGGAUUCGGGUUCGGCGCAAUUCAAAGCUACACUAAAUCUUUGGGCUCUCAACUGGGAGGCUCACGACAACCUCCCCUGUCGAUCCAGCCCCGUCAGGGUCAACCUACGCCGCCUCCUCAUGAGCAGCAGCCAUAUCUGAGCAAGCUCCAAACCGAACAGCGUCUAUUUAGCUCGACCCCGUCCGCUGGCCCGUCAUCUUUGGCUCGUUCCGCUUCGUCAGAUGACCAACGGCGGAAGGGCAGCGAUGAGUUGCUCCAGCACAGAACCCUUCUCGGGGUCGGCCUCGACGCGAAACGAGGUGGGCGAGCGUCACCUUUACCCCAAGCGGUACAAGGUGCCCAGGCCCAGAUCCUUGGGCCAGCCGGCGAGGCCGGUAUCAAGAGCGAACUUGGUCGGGUCUUCUCCGGUAUUGGCAGCGGUGUGGGCGGCGUGACCGCCACCACAGGCAGCGGCCCUUCCACCCCAAUGGUUGCCAGCCCUUUCAAGCGUGACAGCGUCACUGCGAAGUCAGUCAACAGUGAACCAACUACGGAUGAGACCAAGAUCGGUCGACCCACGUCGGCAAAUGGCAAAAGACCACGGAAGUCCCGGGACGAAGAUGGUAGAGCGGAGACUGAGGCGGGUACAGAUGCACGGCUGGCUGCCUCGGCGCGUGGUAGUCGUCGGGGUCGUCACGUUCACCAUCACCAUCAUCAAGGUAUCUCAAUUAGAGUUAUGUUAACAAUACCAUGCAGCCAUCACCAUCAUCGCCAUAAGCCCGAAGAAGAAACAAGCGCCCUGGGCGCCCAUCGUGCCGUCGCUUCACUGAAUUACUUCCACCGGGCUUCAACGCAGGCCGAUGCAGCGGCGACGGCUAUGGGUCAUCACCACCAUCACCAUCACCAUCACCACCAUCAUACACCACGCCCUGCUACAGCCAACCCGCCGGCGGUGACGCCGAUGCGUGAACCCAGAACCGUGGUCAAUAUUGAACCCGUUUUGUCGAGCGUGGCCCAUCUCCCGCGCCAUCAUCUCGGGUCAACCUUAUACGCUCCCCGCCUUGGAGUCCCUACAGAGAAGGCUACCUUGGAGAGUGCCAAGUUUGGCUACACAACCACCCCGCUUCCCCUCCCACGUUUUGAAGGCAAAGAAAAUUGCACCUUUACCAUCCGAGUCCCGCGUUUCCGCAUUGAUUCCAGCCAUCGCGAGGAGAUCUGCGCUCGGCGUGCGCUCUGGGGUACCGGCAUCUACACCGACGACUCGGAUCCUGUUGCGGCAGCCAUUCAUUCGGGAUUCAUGCGCGGGGCGUGGGGUGAAGAUAUCGAUGCUGACAUGCUUGAUUUGGAAAUCAAGGAUGCCUACCAACAUGCGCCCAAGACGGCCCAAGAUGUCGGGCUGCCGGAGGGGGAUCGACCUCGCGUUCCGCCGGUUCCUCCGUCAGACAAGGACCUACAUAUCAUACUUCUCAUCCUGCCCCGGUUGGAGCGGUAUGAUUCAAGCGUGCUAUUUGGCCUCAAGUCACGACCCUGGGAUGGAACGCAUGAUGGGAUGAGCUUUAAAGUGCUACGGACUGAGUGGGUCGACGAGGGCGUUGGUCGAGGCGAGGAGCGUAGUGGAGAAGCACGGCGAAAACGGCUCCGCAACAUGAUGCAGACCGGUCGGAUCUGCACCGGUCCUGGCGUGUUGAAAUUGGAGCACCUCCGCAAUGGUAUUCAGAUCACGCGACAGAAGACGAAGGCCAUGGAGAGUCAAGAACCCCAGCCGGCUGCACCGGUCCAGACGGUAUCAUGA